AUGGAGUUCUGUUCCCAUAGUCUGCAGAAUAUUCUUGAAGUAAAACCACAAAUCAUUCACAGAGACCUCAAACCUGACAAUAUAUUGAUUGAACACAACGUAAGGAAAGGCAGGUUUUUGAAGUUAUGUGACUUUGGUUUGGCUACAGUUCACGACAAACGCGUUCACUACAGGACUACAAAAAAACAUACGGAAGAUGUCGGAGACAUCCUUUAUAUACUCACCAAAUAAAAUUCUAAAUUCACCAGUGUCAAAAUUAUACAAACUAUUAUCAACAAUGAUUUUACAGAAUUGGAAUCAUAGGCCGGAAUGCAGUGAAGUGUUGCAGAAUUAUAAUGAGUGGUCUAUCGAUAGGAAUAUUCUUAUAAGUCGUACGGAAUUUGUCGAAACAUUAAAUAGACUGAAAUCCAAUGAAAAUUUAUUUUUCUAUCAAUUCUUGUCAACUGUUAAUAGAGAUAUGAAACCACUUUCAAUGACACAAAGACUGCGAAAAAGUUUAAAACUAUUUUAAAAAUAAUUGUUUAUUGAAAUCUAUAUUUUAUUGCAUACAUAAUAGUGUGGUUUAAUAUUUUAAUUAAGUUACAAAUAAAAUUUCCAAAU